GCCAUCUCUCGAGGAAGUGACUGAAUAAUCCAAGAUGCGAGGAUUUACGAUGUUACUUUGGGGCUUUGCUGUAGUGUGCGCAGCACAUGGACUGCCACCGCAGAAGAUACAUGAGCAAAUGACGCCAAUUGAAAGAAUGCAGACUUUCCAAACUAUGGACAAUUUCGUUGGUGAUUACGAAAUCACCGCCAUUCACUGGCCGAAAGUUCAGAAAAGGUCAGCGGAUGGUCGUCUUGGACUCUGGAUGAGAGCUUUCGGUUCAGAUAUUAAAUUGUGGCUGGAGCCAACAGAGGGAAUUCUCGCUGGACACGACACACCAAUUUACCGAUUGAACUCUGGACCCCUUGGUCCUAAUUUAACUGAGUAUUCCGAGGUAAUGGAGACGGUUCAGGCAUACGAGGACUUGAAAAACUCUGCGGCCCUCGUUGUUCGUCAAAGACGUGAUAACAGUCGUGCAGUGAUUGGAACGAUAGGAUCAGAAAAUUUGGUAAUUACACCAAUUCCGGAACGUCUUCUUGAGGAAGUCAAGAGACAACGCAGAUCUGUGGACCAAAUUCCGGAGUCGGAACAGGACGAUCAUCAUUAUCACAUCGUCUACAAGAGAUCAGCCCGUGAAGUCAAUGAAGACCACCCUGAACUACCGCUGCCAAAUGUCGCGUUGGCACAGACCGCGGCAGGUCAGGUUCCACCAAUACCCGAUAUCGUAUAUCCCGAGCUUCUCAUCGUUGUUGACUACGCUUUAUACUCAACAUUGGGUAAAGAUUUUUGGUACACGGCAGCCUACAUGUUGGCAUUCUGGAACAGUGUGGAUCUGAAAUACAGAUACUUCGAGAAUCCCAAGUUCAGGUUGAACAUAGCCGGUAUUGUAUUGGCUGAGGAUGCUCAAGCACUAGACUACAUGGCAACCAAUGCGUGGAAUGCAACGGUUGUAAAAGGAACUUCAGCCUUACGAGAGAGUGGUACCUAUUGGUGGGCCCGAAAAGAAGACAUCCCCCUAGAUGCCUAUGACGUAAUCGUAACCAUGACAUCAAAUGAAUUGUGCUCGUUCUACGUUGGUGAUCCCGAGUGUCACACAGGAACUCUGGGUACGGCAUUGUUGGGGGCAGCUUGCAAAAGACACGAUUACUACAAAGAACUGUACAAUGUUGUUAUACUAACAGAUAGAGGCGGAUUUGAUGGAAUUCAUACCGCCGCUCAUGAACUUGCUCAUUCCUUUGGUGCUAUGCAUGAUGACUCUAAUAAGCCAAACUGUUCCCCCCAAGAUGGAAAAAUAAUGUCCAGUGUUCGACGUAUCAAUGAUAGCCCUACAGAAUGGUCUGAGUGCAGUGCCAAUGACAUCAGGAAAUUCCUCGAGAGCAAUCCCAGUUGCCUGUACAACAGGCCGAACCACAGAGCACCUCUGCCGAGGUAUCUCCCAGGAAAGUUAUUAAACGCUGAUAAGCAGUGCCAGAAGGCAAAGGGGACCAAGGCCUGCAAAAAGGAUGCUUCAAUAUGUAGAAGUCUUAGCUGUACCCAUCCAACGUAUGAAACCUACUGCUUGCGCUCGGACAUCGCUGCUGCUGAUGGUACUGAAUGUGGUACUGGAAAAAUGUGCCUCAACGGUAGAUGCAUCACAGAACCAGCAUUAUAAUCGAAAUAAGGCAACUGUAAUAAUGGAAUGAAUCGAUACUGCACAACUGAAUAAAUCGUUCAAAACAAUUUCACAUUUUCUCUUUGUCUUUAUUUUGGUGGGAUAAU